ACCACCCGCACCCCGCCAUGGUGCCCAGGCCGUUCCGACCCAUGCCGCCGGAGGACGACGGCGUCGUGGACGACCCCAAGGUCACCCUGGAGAGCAAGGAGCUGUGGGAGAAGUUCCACAAGCUGGGCACCGAGAUGGUCAUCACCAAGAGUGGCCGGCGUAUGUUCCCCGCCUACAAGGUGCGGGUGACCGGCCUGGACAAGAAGGCCAAGUACAUCAUGCUGAUGGACAUCGUGGCGUCGGACGACUGCAGAUACAAGUUCCACAACAGCCGGUGGAUGGUGGCGGGCAAGGCGGACCCGGAGAUGCCCAAGCGGAUGUACAUCCACCCGGACUCGCCGCUCACGGGGGAGCAGUGGAUGCAGAAGCUCGUCAGCUUCCACAAGCUCAAGCUCACCAACAACAUCUCCGACAAGCACGGCUACAUGCCUCAGACGAUCCUGAACUCAAUGCACAAGUACCAGCCCCGCUUCCACCUGGUGCGGGGCCACGACGUCCUCAAGCUGGCCUACAGCACCUUCAGGACGUACGUCUUCAAGGAGACCGAGUUCAUCGCCGUCACGGCCUACCAAAACGAGAAGAUCACGCAGCUCAAGAUCGACCACAACCCGUUCGCCAAGGGCUUCCGGGACACUGGCGCCGGCAAGAGAGAGAAGAAGCAGUCCUUGCUGGCGCAGAGGGUGACGGAGGACAUGAAGGGUGGCCCCAGGCCGGACUCGACGGGCGCCCACCUGUCCCCGUCCUCCGUGCCGCUGGCCGGGGUGGCCGGGGUGCCGCUG